AUGAUCGAUUAUCAAUUUAAAGAGGAAUUGACACAGAAAAGGGAACGAGUCGAGGAUUUGUUUUAUUUCGAAGGAUCAAAGGUUGGCCGUGGCACGUAUGGACUCGUUUUCAAAGCGAUCCCAAAGACGCAAAACGAACGAUAUCCGAAGAAAGAAUACGCGCUGAAAUUGAUUGAAGGGAAUGGCUUCUCGACGAGUGCUUGCAGAGAAAUCGCAUUGUUGAGAGAGCUCAAACAUCCAAAUCUUAUCCGAUUGCAACGGGUUUUUCUGACAAACGAGAAGAAAGUGUGGCUACUCCUUGACUACGCAGAACACGAUUUAUGGCAUAUCAUCAAAUAUCACCGGGGUGCUAAGGCCAAAAAGCAACCAGUCCUUGUGCCACGAGGAAUGGUCAAAUCCGUGUUGUAUCAAAUAUUGGAGGGAAUUCACUACUUGCAUCAGAAUUGGAUAUUGCACAGAGAUCUUAAACCGGCGAAUAUUCUUGUGAUGGGCGAAGGACCGGGUGUACAAAGGGGAAGGGUCAAAAUCGCCGAUAUGGGUUUCGCGAGAGUUUUCCACAACCCAUUGAAACCGCUAGCUGACUUGGACCCAGUUGUGGUCACAUUUUGGUAUCGAGCUCCCGAGUUGCUACUUGGCGCCAAGCAUUAUACAAAAGCUAUUGACGUUUGGGCAAUUGGAUGCAUCUUUGCCGAACUGCUUACUGCUGAGCCUUUAUUCUUUUGUCGGGAAGAGGACAUCAAGGCGCAGAGUCCAUAUCAUCAAGAACAACUCAACAGAAUUUUUGUUGUUAUGGGCUAUCCAACAGAAAGCGAUUGGCCGGAUCUAAAGAGAAUGCCCAACUAUCCAAAUCUCACUCAUGAUUUCAGGAAAAAGGAUUUUGCCCAGUGCACCCUGCAGCGGUAUAUGGAGAAGCACAGAGUCAGUCAUGAUACUGCAGAUUUUCGGCUACUCUGCCGUUUGUUGACGAUGGAUCCCGAGAAGAGAGUGAGCUGCAAGGAAGCGAUGGAGGACGAGUAUUUUCGGCAAGACCCUAGACCCACCGAGGACGUGUUCAGGGGCUACAACAUCCCGUAUCCGAAACGGGAAUUCUUGACUGAUGGUGAUGAGGAUAAGAAGCGUGAAGUGCAAAAUCAGGCCCAACUCGCGAAUCAAUCAGCUGUUGAAACAAGCUCGGAACCGAAUUCGAAAAGAAUGCGUCUUCAAGCUGCUACAAUCAAUCAAUCAGCUGGCGCGUCUGCUCAUGAAUUUGCUCGACAGAAUACUGUGGCUGCAACAUCGGAUGUGAUGACCUCAGGCUCAGUAAAUGUUGGCCUCCAUCAACAGCCGAUGCCUCCAAUGUAUUCAGCUCCCCGUCCUCCACCCUAUCAACAACCCAUGCAAUCACAACCAAUAAGCGCUCCAAUGAUGCCUCCACACAAUCAGCAUAUAAUGGCACAGCAACAGAUGAUGAAUAUGAGUCAAGGCCAACCAAUGAUGAACCCAUCUCAUGGUCAAUACAUGAUGCCCGGGCAACAACCAUCGCAAUGGGGUCAACACUAUGGACAUCAA